AUGGAUCCCACCAAGGCGACCGAGGCGCUCCAGGCGCUCGAAGACGUCGAGACGCGCGAGAUGUCCAUCCUCAAGCUGAGCGAGCCGAUCGCAGCAGCGGUGGCCUCGACGGACGGUCCGACGCGAGAGCAGCAGCCCCAGCGCACGUCGGACGCGUCGAACGCGUCGCUGGACGUGCCGACGCCGUCCAGCUUGCAGGCCGACCUGGAGCACUACAGGGAGCUCUUCGCCAAGCUCCGCUUCUCGUACGUGGAGCAGGUGACCAAGGAGAAGUUCAUCCGCGCCAUAGUCGGGGACCCGCCCCUGAUCGUGACGAUGCAGGAGAACCUCGAGCUGGAGAAGGAGAACGCGGCGGCCAAGUCGGAGCUCAAGGCGCUCAAGCUCGAGGUGGCCGACAUGGUGGCCGACCUGGAGCGCCGGGCGCGCGAGCUGAGCCGCCGCUACGAGUCGAUCACGCUCGAGACGGCCCAGCUGCGCGACCUGCCGGGCAGGUCCGGCGAACUCGAGGACCGCAUCCGGGAGCUGCGAGACGAGGCGCGAGAGACGCUCGGCGGCGGCGGCCCGGACCAGAGACUACCGCUGACCAAGACGCUCGAACUCGUCACCGGUCGGAAACGGGUCGAUCAGGAACUCGGCCGCGAGCUGGAGGCCCUGCGGGCAAAGGUGCCCCGCAAGAGGAAGGAAGCUGACAGGCUCCACGCCGAGCUGCUGCCGCUCGAGGCCAAGAGGCAGAGCAGCAUGGCUGCGGCCAAGGAGGCCCAGCGGAGGAAGGAGGGCUCGCUCGGUGGCGCGGCAGACGACCUAGAGCAGCGCGCCAGGUGGUGGAGGGCUAGCGAGGCCAUCCUCAAGCAGUCGCUCAACUUGACCUCGUGA